AUGGGGGGAAAACAGGACCAGGACGAGGAGGCCUACGGGAAACCAGCCAAAUAUGACCCCUCCUUUCGAGGCCCCAUCAGAAACAGGAGCUGCACAGAUAUCAUCUGCUGUAUGCUCUUCUUCGUUUUCAUUCUGGGUUACAUCGCCGUGGGGAUCUUGGCCUGGGUGUACGGAGACCCCAAACAAGUCCUCUAUCCCAGGAACUCCACGGGGGCCUAUUGCGGGAUCGGGGAGAACAAAGAGAAACCAUAUCUCCUAUACUUCAACAUCUUCAGCUGCGUCCUAAACACCAACAUCAUCGCGAUCGCCCAGAAUGGCCUGACGUGCCCCACACCCCAGGUGUGUGUAUCCUCCUGCCCAGCGGCCCCAUGGACCGUGGAACCGAGCCAGUUCUCACAGACAGUCGAACAGGUCUUCACAGCAAAUAGGAAAUUCUGUCUGCCAGGGGUGCCUGGGAACAUGCAAGUACUCCAAAGCCUGCAACAGGAGCUCUGCCCCAGUUUCCUCCUGCCUUCCACUCCAGCUCUGGGGCGCUGUUUCCCAUGGACCAAUAGUACGGUGCCCGAGCUCCCAGGGAUCUCCAACACAUCCAUCUCCCAGAGCAUCAGUGGUGUUUUCGACAGCCUCAAUGCCCGUGACAUCAGUGUCAAGAUCUUUGAAGACUUUGCGCAGUCCUGGUAUUGGAUUCUUGUUGCACUAGGCGUGGCUUUGGUUCUGAGCCUGCUGUUUAUCCUGCUCCUACGGCUGGUGGCUGGGCCCCUGGUGUUCGUGCUGAUCAUAGGGGUGCUGGGCGUGCUGGCGUAUGGCAUCUACCACUGCUGGGAAGAAUACCGCGUGCUGCGGGACAAGGGUGACUCCAUCUCCCAGCUGGGCUUCACCACCAACCUCAGUGCCUACAGAAAUGUUCAGGAGACCUGGCUAGCCGCCUUGAUCAUACUGGCUGUGCUCGAAGGCAUCCUGCUGCUGAUGCUCAUCUUCCUGCGGCAGCGGAUUUGCAUCGCCAUCGCCCUCCUGAAGGAGGCCAGCAGAGCUGUAGGAUACAUAAUGUCCGCCAUGUUCUACCCGCUGGUCACCUUUGCCCUCCUGCUUGUCUGCAUUGCCUACUGGGCUAUAAUUGCUCUGUAUCCUUUGCCCACAUGGCUCACCCCUCCUGAAGCCCUUGGCAGUUUGCCCGGCUGUGAGAAAGUGCCCAUGAAUACAUCAUGCAACCCCAUGGAGCAAGUGGACUCCUCUUGUCCUGGGCUGAUGUGCGUCUUCCAGGGCUACCGGUCCACGGGCCUGGCACAGCGUUCUCUCUUCAACUUGCAAAUCUAUGCAGUUCUGGGCCUAUUCUGGACCAUCAACUGGGUACUGGCCCUGGGCCAGUGUGUCCUGGCUGGGGCCUUUGCUUCCUUCUACUGGGCCUUCCACAAGCCCCGGGACAUCCCUACCUUUCCCCUUGGCUCUGCCUUCCUGCGCACACUCCGUUACCACACAGGGUCACUAGCCUUUGGAGCCCUCAUCCUGACCCUGGUGCAGAUAGCCCGGGUCAUCCUGGAAUACAUUGACCACAAACUGAGAGGAGCCCAGAACCCAUUGACUCGCUGUAUCCUGUGCUGCUUCAAGUGCUGCCUCUGGUGUUUGGAAAAGUUCAUCAAGUUCCUGAACCGCAAUGCAUACAUCAUGAUUGCCAUCUACGGGAAGAAUUUCUGUGUCUCAGCCAAAAACGCCUUCAUGCUGCUCAUGCGGAACAUUGUCAGGGUGGUCGUCCUGGACAAAGUCACAGACCUGCUACUGUUCUUUGGGAAGCUGCUGGUGGUUGGAGGUGUCGGGGUCCUGUCCUUCUUUUUCUUCACGGGUCGCAUCCCUGGACUGGGUAAAAACUUUGAGAAUCCUCAACUCAACUAUUACUGGCUGCCCAUCAUGGUCUCCAUCCUAGGGGCCUACCUCAUCGCCAGCGGCUUCUUCAGCGUUUUUGGAAUGUGUGUGGACACUCUCUUCCUCUGUUUCUUGGAAGACUUGGAGCGGAAUGAUGGCUCAGCGGACCGGCCCUACUACAUGUCCAAGAGCCUUCUGAAGAUUCUGGGCAAGAAGAACAAGGGGACCCCGGGAGACAAGAAGAGGAAGAAGUGA